UGGAGUGGGAAACUACCAACAAACUUAGCUGUUCCAUGUUCUUAUAAACUGAUUUGUUCCCAAUUCACCGUGUCAUCAUGCAUGAUGCAGUGUCAUCACGUUCUGCUAUUGGGUCUUCGUUUCACAUCAAAAUCAUCAUCUCGUUCAUUGACUGCAAAUAUGCUUUUCACCUCCACUUGUCCCGUUGGACUUAGGAGGGUCGGGAAGGAGACUGGAGCGAAUACAAAGGCACUGGUGUUACCACUGACUGUUUCAUGUUCAACUUUCCCUUUUCAGUACUUGGCCUAUGACACUCAGAUGAUUGUUGGUGGACGCAAGCAUGAGAUGAGUCCGGAAGAAUACAUCUUUGGUGCAUUGCAGCUCUAUAUGGAUGUUGUCUAUCUGUUCCUUAUAAUCCUCUCCUUGUUCGGUAACAAAGAAUAA